AUUUUAAAACAAAGGUAUCAGGUUAAUCCUGAGCCUGCCUAUAAAAGGGAGGAGACAACGGAGGCAGGACAGAGAGGCAUCGGGGCAGCCUUCCUGCGAAGGAAAUCAGAGAGAGAGAGAGACAGAGUGAAAAUGACGGUGUGCUGCGAGUCCUGCCAUAGUCCGAUCAGCGCGAAUCCCGGACCGGCGCACUGCUCGUCCCGGUGCUACACGGCGACCCGGAGAGUCUCCUGCAAGCGCUUUCGGUCCACCAAGGGGGCAUCAAAGGCCCGUCGUGACCACAUCAACAGCGAGAUUCGGAGCAUGCGGGCCCUCCUGCCCAUCCCGCUGGAGGACCAGGAGCGCCUUUCCUACCUGCACUCCAUGUCGGCCAUCUGUACCUUCAUCCGGAAGUCCAUCUUCUUCCGAGAGUUGCAGCCUGAUGGGUCCAGGUGUUUCCUGCCCUACGAGGACUUCCUGCAAGCCCUGUCCGGCUUCAUAGUGGUCACCUCCAGAGAGGGGAAGUUGAUUUAUGUGUCUGAGAAUGUGGCCGAUUACCUGGGAUACUCAAUGGUGGAUGUGCUUCAGGGAGAUACUGUCUACGACAUGGUGGACAACGCAGAUGUGGAGAUUGUGAAAUCUAACCUGGAGACUGAAGACCUGCCAGCAAAAGAGAGGACCUUUGUGUGCCGCAUGCUGAUGUCCAAGGCGUUCCGGCUCCGGCACGGCAGCAGCUGCUCCAUGCUGGUCCGGGGCCGAUUCCAGGCUGCUCCCCGCGCUUCCCCGUCUGGCCAGGAGCCCGACCUGGCCUUCGUGGCCCUCUGCACCCCCACAGCGGAUCGCUGGCGGGACGGUAACCCCCGCUGUUCCGCGGAGCCCUUCCGGACACUCCAUGGACCUGACAUGUCCUUCGCCUACGUGCCUGAGAGUCUGCUGUUUCACCUGGGCUACUCAGUGGGCGAGGUGAUUGGUCGAUCCUGGUACGGCCUGCUUCACCCAGAAGAUCUUUCCUCAUGUGCAUCAAAACACAAGAGUCUGUUGGAAGGUGAUGAAAGCACAUUGGUCGAGAUGGUCCUCAGACUACAACACAGGAACCUCUCCUGGGUGUGGCUAUAUGUUCGAGCUACAAAGGAUUCUGGGAAACAGGAAGUGAGCUGCAUGAACUAUAUUGUCAGCGAAACAGAGGCUGGUUUUCUGAAGCAGAGGAUCUACAGCGAUGCCUCCAGCGCUUUGACCCCCCUGCUUCCGAAACAGCCUCAGCCAUCGCACUCUGACCCCCCCCAGUGUCACGGAAAUGCCGUCACCAAGGUCCUCAAGAGGGAGAGGGAAGCUUGCUGCGUGAGAGAGGAGCCACAGCCAAAGACAAGCAGGGUCUCUGAAAGCAGCGCCUGCUACCUGAUCUGCACCAAUCCGGCAGAAGACGGCAGCCAGCAGGGGGUGCUGACGAGCAGCACUGUGUUCCCCGCCACGCCUCCCUACAGCCCAGCCUCCUCCCACUCUCCGGCCUCGCAGGAGGACUGCCCGUCCGACUUCCUCCUGGACGCCUACAGCUACGCCGAGACCCUGCCCUCCCCUCCAGAGAGCUCUCCUCCCUACCUCUCUGGUCAGGCCACUUUUUCCGGGGUAUCGGGCUGCUUCCCUGCCUCAGAUCCUCUCCAGGCCGCAAUGGACUCCACAUUUGGCCUCCGCCAUUUUGCUGCGGCUCAGUCGCCGGAGUCCUGCCCAUCUCCCUCCUACGAGUUUCCCAGUUGCCCCGUAGGAAGUCAUCUGGUCCCAGACGGUCUCCAGGGGCUGGAUGUGGCUGACGGCUCGUCGGACCGUGCCUUUCAUCCUGACGACCUCGGGCUCUCCUCCCCACCACCAGGGGGAGACAGCCCUUUCCUAGUCCGUCAGGACGUCUCAGACACCCCUGUGCUGACCCCUGAUUCCUCACCCACGACUGAGUGCCGUUUCCAGUACAGCGAGCGGGAGAGGGCCGAAAUUAGCAUCCUGGCCCGGCAGAUCUCCUCGCUGGCUAAUAGCUUUGACACAUAUCGCAGCAUAGGUCUGGCCCCUGGAAGCGGUAAGCCCACCGCCCUCAGCGAAGGCCCAGUACCCCCCUGCGACUGGCCAGACGUGGGCUCACACCCGCCCAGACUCGAGCCCAUCUUGGACGAAGGUGUCAUCUACAGCAUCUUACGAGACCUAGACUCCACGGAGGGGCACGUGGAGGACGGGGAGCAGUCCCUGGAUGCCUUGAUCUCCCAGGCAUCUGCUGCCCUGUUUACCGCCCUGCUGGGAGAACCCUCCCUGGACCAAUUUCCCAGCAUGCACCCUGCACUAGGUCCCUGCCUGGUGAGGCCCGGAUGCCACGAGGAUGGAAAUGAGUUGCAUCAACUCAGCCGCUACCUGCACAGUAGCCUCCAGCAAGAUGAGCUUGCUGAAGAAUCCAUGUACUGAAAUAAGUCCGUGACUUACCCUACGACUGUGUAUGGCAUAUUGUCAUAGCAACCACCGGCACCUUCUCCGGACCCAGAGCGGAACCAUGCCGAGAACUCUCUCUUUCUGACUGGAUCUCUAGCGGAACUGGCUUUCAGCACGCAACUCCAACAAUCACAGAGAAGGCAAGAAAAUAAGCCAUAAUUGAUGAAACGUGAAGAAAAUAGGUUUAUGUUUAGCUUCGUAUUUCAUGGACCAAACCUGUAGUCGCAGCGCAAUUUGUAGAAGCAUUUUGUAUGAUAUUAUUUUUAUAUGAUUAAGGUAGCUGUUCUUUAUGCUAUAUUUCCUGUACUGAAGUCACGUGAUACUCAUGAACUGGUGUGUUUUAUAUCACUGGCCGGACAACGAAGGGAAUUUUCUGAGCACUUAGUCUGUUUUCAUGUUAAGUUAGAGAAAGACGCGUUUACUUCAUGUUUGUGGAAGAAAAAAUAAAACCCAACUGGUGCAAAAUGGACACCGAUCAUCCAAAUCUGGUUCUGAUAAUUCCAAGAAUAAAAAGUAAGGACAGAAACUAAAUGUAAUGAAAUGCAUCUCAAACCUGCUACCUCUUCGCCGUGUUGAAAAUGAAAGAAGAAUUAUUUCAUUUUGCUUUAACUCGACUCUGCUGUAUAUUUAUUGCCGCGUUUUAACGUUAGUUGUAGGACCUAGACCUCACGUGCCUUUCGGACAGCAUGUCUUAGUCUUUUAUUCUGGUGUCGGUCUGGAACUGCAUUGCUGUGUGUGACUAAGUCUCUCUGCGACUAACAGCAAUAAAUGUGGGACAUUUACGCCGGAACACAUGUAUUCUACAGCAGCCUCACAGUUUGUGUUGACAGUUUGUCGUAUUUGAUAGUAUAUGUUGGUUUGGACAUUUGUAGAUGAGUUCAUUUUCUUCAUUUCGUCUUAAUCUCUUUUUUUAUUCACAUUUUCUGUUUUAUAUUUUUGUACUUAAAACAUGGUUAAUAAA